ACUUUCCACAAAAAUGAAGUGAAUGUGUUGUUCGACGCCAUCCUCGAUGUGAAGGGGGAGAUCUCAGACACGUUGGAAGAACUGGAUAGGCAUGAAAAGGAAGUUAGUGACCGGAUUACAGAGCUAAACAACGCCGCAGACUAUAUUGACCAAAUCCACAAGAACUGCACGAUUGCCCAACUGGUGGCUAAAUCCACCAGCGUCGCCUGCGGAAUUCUGACCAUCCUAGGCUUCGCUCUAGUGCCCGUCACAGCCGGAGGGAGUCUGAUCCUCUCGGCAGCUGGAACGGGCCUGGGGACGGCAGCGGCCGUCACGAGCAUCGCAACGGACGUCACUGAAUGGAAAAGCAGCACGGCAGCCAAAGAGAGCGUCGUCAGCAGUACGAACGUCAACGGAAAUCCCUUACAGGAUGUGGUACAAGCUUUGAAGCAGAGAAAGGAGCAGGUAUCUUCGGCCGUUCGAAAGGGUGUUAGUUUCAUCCAUUGUGUGAAGGCCAUCGGUGGGGCUCAAAAGAGUCCUCGCUUAGUAGCCUAUGCCAAGCGGUUCUCCACACUGGGAAAUGCUGCCCAAACAACUAGCAGGAGGGGCAGACAAGUGCAGAAGGCCUUUGGGGCAACUGCCCUGUCUAUGACCAAAGGAGCCAGGGCACUGGGCGGGCUCAUGGCCUGUGCUGGGAUUCUGAUGGACACAGUCGCCAUUGUUCGGGAUUCUCAACAUCUGAAACAGGGGGCAGCGUCAGAGGCAGCAAGUGAAUUGAGGGAGAGAGCUAGUUCCCUGAGUCAACAGCUUGUGUAUCUUGGAGAUCUCUCCCAGAGCCUGCAAUGGGUGAAAAGCCUCAAGUCUGUCAUCCCACCAACCACUGAGCGAGGGAAGAAUCUACUGACCUACCAGACUAUAAUAGCUGCAAGAGACACUUUCUUUGAGUUACUAUGCACAUGGUUUAGGGGAAUUUCUUUGAGAUUUAAAAGAAUUUUAGGAAGAGGAUUUAGCAGAUAAUAAUAAUAAUAAUGGUGUUAUUUGUUAAGCGCUUAUUAUGGGCAAAGCACUGUGCUAAGCGCUG